AUGUACAGAGCAACUCUGACCAGUUACAGAGUACCAUCGUGGGACAUUGUGACACUCCUUGUCGAUCAAUUUCUCCGUUAUUGCAACUAUCAACCCUUGCCACUAUUCUCCCCUCCACAUCUGCGCGCCACUCUCAGGAGCCGUGACGAUGAGCUGUUGCUAGCGAUCCUCGCCCUAUCUGUGCGGUUUUCAUACACCACCGAUACAAAUUUCGAUACGAAGGCGUCCGAGUAUGCCUCCUCCAGUCGCAGUUUAGUGAUGACACGCCUUUCCCAAGGACCCGUGGAACUCUCGACAAUUCAAACGCUUUGCAUACUAAGCCUUCUCGAAUUUAACAAUAGUAAUACACACCUUGCUAGCGUUUACAGCUCUCUGGCCCUAGAUCUUGUACUUUCUGCUGGGUUGUCUUCAGAAAAUUCGAGAGUGCAGCAAACCGAAGACUACCAAGAAAGACGUCGUUGCUAUUGGAGCGUGGUGCUCCUCAAGAACCUAUAUGGGUCACCGAGUGGUUUAUUCUCGAUGUUGCAGGACGACAAAACUCCGAAGCCUUUUGAAAGUCCGGAAGCACCGUUGGGAACCAGUUCCGCUAUCAGGGACGCUUCGUUGGAACAACCCGAAGGCGUUACAAGCGACGAAGAGGCAAAAGAUUUAGGCAUAUUUAUGUAUGCAAUACAACUGAGUGAAAUAUGGCGAAAGACGGCGCGAUGGGCCCACCGGCGUGGCAAACCAGGCGGCUCCUUGCCCAGCUGGUCGUCACAGUCCGAGUAUGCACAGAUCAUGGCUCACUUGAUGGAAUACGAGAGCAAAUUUCCUUGGAAAUAUCGUUUUCGCCCAGCUCGAUACUCGGAACACGAACCUGCACAGUUGGAACAACACAGGGACUUUUGGGUGACCUGGUUUCUUCUGCAGAUGAUGUACCACUCUAUCCUUUGUCUGCUCAAUCACCCACUUGUCAUGUCCCUCGCACUCCGCAAUUUCAGAAUGACGCAAGUACCAGAAGUCUUCUUACAGCACACCGCGUAUCUCACGACAAACCAUACACAUUGGAUCGUCCAUUUAUUGGAUUUGUCAAAGCAGAAGCAGUUCAAUCUGUAUGAUCCGGCUCUAGCUCCCCUUGUAGCGAUCACAGCUACAAUAUAUCUCCAGCAAAGCUUUUCUGAGGAUCCAGGAGUGCGAGCAAAGAAACAGGAAUGCUUUCGGAAAUGUGUUUCUUUCAUUCAAGACCUUGGGGCCUUCUGGCCAUACUCGAAAGCAAUUGCGGAGAAAUUGGAACAAUUCGAAAGAGUGGUCUCGACUUCCUUUCAUGACUCGGUAGGGCGAAGUGAAGCUGACCGUCGAGUAUUCAUUGACCUCAGCUUGUUCUGGGAUAUCAUUGAAUCUUCAUUUACGAGCGAGCUCCCUCGCGCCGCAGAUUCUUAUUUUGGAACGUCAUUGACGGUGCAUCGGCAACCAUUGAACACCGCUACUUUUUUCCGCAGCCAAUUCCUGCCCGAGCCUACCCAUAUAAACGAGAAUGGUAUGGCUUCUGGGGGAGUCGGAGAGCCCUUCGCAGGAAGCUCAGCGCCGCAACUAUCACCGCCAUCGAACAAUGUGGUGCCAGGAAUAUCAGUCGUUGACCAAGUGGAUCCCUUUCACGAAGGUGCCAUCCUAGCAGAGAGUUACUUCGCACAGGGAGAUGACUUUGUUGGGAGUAUGGACGACUGGUGGUUCCAGGGCAGGUCGAUCUGAAAUUGUCAACUGAUU